CGGACCUUCCUCAGAACCACUGUCAGAAAAGCAAGCUUCUGGUUGGGCUCAGACCUGAGUCAAGGUGCUGGUAGAUUUGAAAAUGAACCCCACGGAUAUAGCAGACACCACCCUGGAUGAAAGCAUCUAUAGCAAUUACUAUCUCUACGAAAACAUCCCCAAGCCUUGCACCAAAGAAGGCAUCAAGGCGUUUGGGGAGCUCUUCUUGCCCCCUCUCUACUCCCUGGUCUUUCUGUUUGGUCUCUUUGGAAAUUCUGUGGUGGUUGUCGUCCUGUUCAAGUACAAGAGGCUCAAGUCCAUGACGGAUGUGUACCUGCUCAACCUUGCCAUCUCGGACCUGCUCUUCGUGCUCUCCCUCCCUUUCUGGGGCUACUAUGCUGCAGACCAGUGGGUUUUUGGACUAGGUCUCUGCAAGAUUAUUUCCUGGAUGUACUUGGUGGGCUUUUACAGUGGCAUCUUCUUCAUCAUGCUCAUGAGCAUCGACAGAUACCUGGCGAUUGUGCAUGCGGUGUUUUCCUUGAGAGCGAGGACCCUGACUUAUGGGGUUAUCACCAGCUUGGCCACGUGGUCCGUGGCUGUCCUGGCCUCCCUUCCAGGCCUUUUAUUCAGCACCUGUUAUACUGAGCACAACCAUACCUACUGCAAAACCGAGUACUCUCUCAACUCUACGAGGUGGAAGGUGCUGAGCUCCCUGGAGAUCAACAUUCUUGGACUGGUGGUUCCCUUGGGCACCAUGCUGUUCUGCUACUCCAUGAUCAUCAGGACAUUGCAGCACUGCAAAAACGAGAAGAAGAGCAAAGCGGUGAGGAUGGUCUUUGCUGUGGUGGCCCUCUUCCUGGGGUUCUGGGCACCUUACAAUGUGGUGCUCUUCCUGGAGACACUGGUGGAACUGGAGGUCCUUCAGGACUGCACCUUUGAAAGGCACUUGGACUACGCCCUUCAGGCCACAGAGACCCUGGCUUUUGUCCACUGCUGCCUCAAUCCAGUCAUCUACUUUUUCCUAGGGGAGAAAUUCCGCAAGUACAUCGUACAGCUCUUCAAAACCUGCAGGGGGCCAUUCAUGCUCUGCCAAUACUGCAGGGUCCUCCAACUCUACCCGCCAGACACUCCCAGCUCAUCCUACACGCAGUCCACGGGGGAUCACGAUCUCCAUGAUGCUCUGUAGAAAAUGAAGAGGCAAAAGAUGGAGUCAAGCGUCCCGCGUCAAGAGCUUAAAAUUGUAUUAUAGUAAGAGUUCCUGAGCAAGUGGCAGGAAGAAGACUUACAUCCACAGCCGAGCGCGGGCUUUUCACCCCGCAGUCAGCUUUUCCUCUUGCCACAGGCAAGUUCAGUGCAGCAAGAGCUCAAGGGGGCUGCGGCAGCCCUCCUGUCUCCUGGCCUGCCCGCAGGGAUGAGUAAACCGAAGGAGAGCGCUAAGCAGCAUUUCAGUGAGGCUAUCCAUAAUCCUGUAAGGGAAGGACCAUUCAUUCCCUUCUAACUCGAACUGAUUGCGUUCUCCAGGAGGAACUGUGGAGGAUUGACUGGUGCAAUCAAUUGCUACUCCUUGCUGCUCGCUGUGAAAAAUGGGCCCUUUUAAUGAACUUCUAGCUUUUGUGGAACAAUACAGAAAACUUUGGCAUGCCGUCCUAGGGCUUUUCUAAUAAUAUAUCUGAAGCAUGGUGUAUUCCCGGAAGCCGGGUGUACUCAGAAACAAAUAGCGAAGUAAUGAACCUGGAUCUUGAGUCUUUCAUUUUAAAGGAUGAUCUGUUAAUGGAAGCCAAACUUUUGAUGCUGAUUACAAGUGUAAGGAUGUGAAGGCAUUAGCAUUGUCUGAUUUCCAAACGUGAAAUACAAGGCAUUAAAAGAUCCAAACACAUUUGUGGAGAUUCAAACACACUUUCAUAUGCUUGUGAGAAUGUUUUGUUUUUAUUAUAACAGAUGAAUAUUCAAAUUUCACAAAUAAUAUGUAGGUGCAGAUACAUUUAUUUAGGGUCUCUUAUUCAUGUACAGAGCCUUCAAAACUAAAAAUAACAAGGUCUAAUGAAGUAUGACAAUGCUUCCUUAAUAAGUUUGAAGUACCUGCCAUCAAGCAAGGCAAGAAUAAUCAACUAACAGUUAUUACUGAUGUGGCAUAAACUGGACCGUCAAAAAAUUAUGAAGUUGUGAAAAAUGUCAUCCUGUCUUUUAAAAUAUUGGCCUCCUUUUUAACUGUUGGAUGACUCAAAAUUUCAGUCAUUUCUUACAGGUCAUAAUCAUUAAUUGUUUGACACCAUUAAAAUAAAUCUCUGUUCUUACAGCCUUAAUUAAUCAGAAUUAAGUAGAGACUUUAAUCAAGUCGGGAGAGACCUGUAAUCCCUCUCCCCAAAAAACUUGUCUUGCAAACUAUUAACUGAGUUAUCUGUUUCAAAUGCUUCUGUAAGUUUACACAUUAUUACAUGCUCUACAUUUAUAA